UGGAGCGAUUGUGAAGAACGCGUUGAGAGAAGAGAGGAAGGGUGAGAUGACGUAGCUUGAAAACUCGCAGCUUAUUGCUGGAUUAGGAAGGCCUAAUUCUUAUCCACACCAGUGAUACGCAUACACAUAAUGACAAAACCAUGUCCUGUCAUUUUCUGUUCACUGUGCGGUCGCGAGCAUCGUGCUCCGCCCGAAAACCUAAAUUACGGGACGAAAGAUCAUCCCAGAUCAUGGUGUCCACUGCCAGAGCACCUUUCAAAGUCGACAGCACUAAUCGUUGAUCAUAACGCCAUCAACCGAAAAAUAUUUUCGAGAUGGCUCGAGAAGUUCGACAUACCUAGUGACCAGGCGACAAGGCCGGAUCAGGGACUAUACAUGUAUCAGAGCGACCCUAUGAAGUACGACAUAGUAUGUGUAGAUCCUAUGCCGUCACGUACAGUGACUGGUCUAGCUGUCUUGCACAUGAUCCGCUCUUUCGAGCGCACGAACAACGUACCACCAUGUUUCCUCAUCUGCACGAACAACUCCAGGACGAUGGACAUGGGUCGCAUCAGCGUUCAGACUGUUAUGGACCAUGGUGUAGAUUGGAUUGCACCGUGGCAUGGUCUUCGUCUGCCUCUACAUGAUGCGCUAGCAGGGAUAAAGGAGCGGUCUGCCUGGCUUGAUAGACCAGAUGUUAUGACAAAAGUAUGGAUACCUGAGAUUUUGACAGAUCAUGAAGCUGCUCGGUAUCCGAAGGAUUAUCCUGAGAAAUUUGAAGACGAGAACCGUUUCGUACGGUGGCCGAUUCCUGCGUCAUUGAAGGGGUCUACGGUGCUGAUCGUAGCCAAUUACUCAGGGGUGAGCAAUUCUUAGUCGUUUCGGGUAUUUCGUUGAUUUUAUUAGCACCUUGAGAACGUUACGCAUUUUCUGGGGUUCUCUAGCCAAACAGUAUCCAC